AUGUCCAGAGACAGGGACAUCAUAACAUUGGUUGAGAUAGGAAAGAAGAUCAGGAGGGAAAGUGAUCCAUCUGGUGAUGAUCAAAUGGGAACCAUGAGCACUGCUCGACAUAAUAAUUCCUUUGGUCUUCCUCAAGGGAUGAUGAUGAUGAACAACACAACCUUGAACACAAUCACACCUUGUGCUGCAUGUAAGCUCUUGAGAAGAAGAUGUGCUGAAGAAUGCCCUUUCUCUCCCUACUUCUCCCCUCAUGAGCCCCAAAAGUUUUCAGCUGUCCACAAAGUCUUUGGUGCAAGCAAUGUUUCCAAGAUGCUAAUUGAGGUGGCUGAGAACCAAAGAGCUGAUGCAGCCAAUAGCCUUGUUUAUGAGGCAAACCUGAGGCUUAGAGACCCAGUGUAUGGUUGCAUGGGUGUAAUUUCAAACUUGCAGCAACAGAUUCAAUCUCUCCAACAAGAACUUAAUGCAGUAAGGACUGAAAUCUUGAGAUACCAAUAUAAAGAGGCCACUAAUCACAUGGUUUCUUCUACGAAUAUUAUGCACCAACAUCCUUCUUUGGUUUCUACUUCUGGGAUGGUGUCCAUUGCUGGACCACCACAAGCAAUUCCAACGCCGCCGCCGCCACCACCACCACCGCCUUCUUCAGUUGUGUUUUCUUCGUCUUCUUCGUCUUCGACUUCUUCUUUAUACAAUCCGUCUACAAACACCACAGGCUAUAGCUCCAUGUCAAGCGACAAUAUUCCAUAUUUUGAUUAA